AUGAGUAGAAAACUACCGCAAAUGCCUCAAGAUAAUUUUCUGUUCAAUUCAGAUUUAUGCAAUCCACUUUAUUCAAAUUCACCACCACCUGUUCAUAUAAAUAAUUUAUAUCAAGUAAACAGGCAACCAAUUGAAGUAAAGAAGGAAUCUCAAAUGACAAAUCUUAAUACACUGACGCGAAAAUGGGGUCCUUCACAUACGAUGCAUGAUACUCCCGAAAAUUAUGUUCGUGAAUCAAAUACACACCAAAAUAUAUACCAAGGUCCAUGUCCAACAACAUAUGACAGCAAUUUGUCUCCACAUCAUGAUGUUUCUUCAACAUUGGAGAAUAAUCGUUUUCCCAACAGCAAUGCAACAUUUCAUACUUUAAAUCCAUCCGAGUAUCCUAAGAUUAAUGAGAGAACACCAAUUAUGCAUAGCAGUAACUUACCUCCACAUUACAAUAUUUCUAGAACAAUAGACAAAAAUCGUUUUCUAAACAGCAAUCCAACAUUUAAUACUCUAAAUUCAUAUAACUAUCAUAAGUUUAAUAACAAAAGUCGAACUAUAAUCAAUAGUAAUUUAUCUCCACGACACAAUAUUUCUUCAGCAUUGGACAGCAAACGUUUUCACAACAAUGAGGCAACAUUGCAUAAUAUUAAUAUGACUGAAUAUCCAAAGAUAAAUGAGAAAAAACCAGUUAUGCCUAACAGGAACUUAUCUUCAACAUUGGACAGUAACCAUUUUUUAAAUCAGAGCGCUUCAUUAGAUUUUAAAGAUUCAUCUGGUAAUUCUAAUAUUAAAAAUGAAGAAGGCAUUCAAAGAUCAUCAAGUUAUUAUUACAAAACUCAAUCCAAGGAAAUGUAUUCUAUAGGAAAUCGAUAUGACUUCCCAGAAUUGCCUAAUUCUAAACCAAACAAUUUUCAUAGUACUAUGUCUUCUAUAAGGGACCUAAGUCAACAGUCAUCAACUAAUGAGAAAAAUGAACUCUAUACUGACCUCAAAUACAAAUAUUUCCUGAUGGUUUGUUAUUGA